AUGAAUGGCUGUUUUGCACCCAAAUCUCUCAAACUCAUUCACCAAUCCACCGCCGUCAUUAGAGAAGCCCUUAAAAACCACAACUUUCUCACCUCCCUCCAAUGCGGGCACCUCUUUGCAAGCCCUGACAGCCUCAAGUGCUUCAAGAAAGCAUUGCAGCUCCAUGCCCACAUGAUCACUUGUGGUGUUCUCAUCCAGAACACCUACUUAAACACCAAGCUUUGUGCCAUGUAUGCAGCUUCUGGGAACAUGCCUGCAGCCAGAGUGAUCUUUGAUGGCAUUGUGUUAAAGAGCUCGUUUUUGUGGAAUGUGAUGGUUCGUGGAUAUGCUUGCAAUAAUUGUUCUCUUGAUUCUCUUGUUUUUGUUGGUGAGAGGAUUCAUGGAGAGGUGGUGGUUAGUGGGUUUGAAUCGGAUGUUUAUGUGGCCAAUUCACUUGUUUCGAUGUACUCGAAGUUUGGUCAAAUGGGGAUUGCUCGGAACCUGUUUGAUAGAAUGCCUCAACGAGACUUGACUUCUUGGAAUACAAUGUUAUCUGGUUAUGUAAAGAAUGGUUAUCCGGAUGUGGCUCUUUCAUUACUCUCUUUAUUGAGUGUGAGUGAUGUGAGAAUGGAUCGCGCAACACUUGUUGGUGUGCUGCCUGCUUGCGCUGCUUUGGGUGCAGUGAAACAAGGGAAGGAAAUCCAUGCUUAUAUUCUGAGAAGCAGUCUGGAAUUCGAUGGGUUUUUUGGCAAAUGCUUUGAUUGA